AUGUGCGCCAGAGACGGUACUCGAGUCUUCCUGAUGGAUGCUCUGCUGAUCAGCUUCUUACUAUGUCUGGUAUCACGAGCCUGGGCUAUGCCCAUGGCGUUAACGGAGGACAACGCUUCCUCUACGGAGACAGCAUUAUAUCAAACGAGCAGACUAGCCCGAUCUGCUCUUGACUUGACACUCUACGGUCUCGAGAAUCGUAUUCUGAACCAUGACCGUGAAAGUUGCACCUUGGGAACCCUCCGAGUUCGUCGAGACUGGAGGGCUCUUUCUAACGGUGAAAGAAGGGCUUAUAUCGAUGCAAUAUUAUGUCUACAGCAACUACCUCCUCAGACACCUGCUGCGCUUGCGGGCGGAGCUAAAACAAGAUACGAUGACUUUUUGGCUACGCAUAUCAAUCAGACUUGGCACAUUCACCGAACGGGCACAUUCCUAGCAUGGCAUCGCUAUUUCAUCUACACCUUUGAAGAGGCUCUUCGUAACGAAUGUGGCUACACCGGUGAUCUCCCCUACUGGAACUGGGGUUCCGACGUAGACUCCAUGGAAGAAUCCCCUCUCUUCGACGGAAGCGACACAUCUCUCUCCGGCAACGGCGAAUUCAUCCCCAAUCAGCCGGAUCUCUCAAUUCCCCUAGGAAACACCGACAUCCCACCCCUCAUCCUCCCAACGGGUACAGGAGGAGGCUGCGUGACCAGCGGGCCCUUUGUAAACUACACGGUCAACAUGGGCCCCUCAUUCCUCUACGUACCGGGAGGUAAUGUAUCUCGAAUGUCAAACCCACUCGACUACAACCCGCGCUGCCUACGACGAGACCUCACAACCUCCAUCCUCCACGAUAACAACAACUACGCGACCGUCCUGGCAUUACUCCAAAACAGCACUGAUAUCUGGGACUUUGAGACCAACAUUCAAGGUGCCCCGGGCAGUGGACUCCUCGGUAUCCACGGUGGCGGCCAUCUAGCAAUCGGUGGUGACCCUGGCCGUGACGCCGAUGCUAACCCAGGGGAUCCGGGGUUCUGGAAUCAUCAUGCUAUGAUUGAUCGUCUGUGGUGGAUAUGGCAGUACCGGGAUUUGGAGAAUCGGGAAUUUGCAAUCUCGGGGACGGGAACUUUUCUGAAUGAGCCAGUUUCGCCUAAUACUACGCUUGAUACUCUGGUAGAUGUGGGAUAUGUUAAACGGGGGUCGGUUGCGAUGAGGAAUCUCAUGAGUACUACUGCGGGGCCUUUUUGUUACGUGUAUUUGUGA